AUGCCGACCGAAGAUGAAGACGAAGUGUUUGAUAAUCGAUUUUUAGAAGAUAUGAAAAAAGGUUUAUAUCCGACGGAAAAUCCCGAGGGACGUUUGUUGGAAUUGCAGAAUAGGAAUACCCUGUGUUUACCACAUUUAAAAUCGUCGUACCCGGCGGAAACGCAAUUUCUCAAACCGUCUCUAUUCAACGAAAAUGAUAUCAAACAUGGCCUUUUGCAAUUCGGACAAGAAAAUCAAAGUUUAACGGAUAGCGAUCAUAGCAUGACUCGGAGUUUAUUACCGGAAAAUAAAGGGAAAAAGAAAGAACAGACGUCAUACAAAAAACCUGGGCCACCGACUCCUAGCAAACACGGAAGACGUUUUUCAAUUCAGAACACGGUUCCUGUGACACCUCGGAAAAAACUCGGGAAAAUUUUUCGUAAACCUUUCGGAGCUCGGGAUCAUUAA